AUGUGACAAUGGGGAGGCCAAAGGUUGAAAUGUUUGAUUAGAGAAGCUGGAAAAAACAAUGGGAAUGCAAAAAAUGUACAUUGCUUCACUCUCAUUUACACCUACAGCUCAUGACAACUAAUCGUGAUUUUCCGCAUUCAAUGCCCAAUCUAUCCUCAAUAGCAAGCUCCUUGCCCGCCCUUUUGUCUCUCUCCAUCUUUCUAGCUCCUAUAUAAAUUUCUCGAUCUCAACUUUUGAGGUCUCUAUAGAUAAAUUCAUUGGAACUCUUCCAUUCUUUUGGGAUUUGGGUUUCUGGGUUUUGAGCUUGUUUCUUGGAUCUUCUAUCCUUCACCUGUUAAACCCUCUUCUGCCAAUCUCAUCUUUUAAGGUUCUGUAGAUAAAUUAUUUGAACACCCAGAUAUAUUUUUGGGAUUUGUGUUUCUGGGUAGUGUUUGAGUUUGGUUGAUUGAUGCAUGGGUCAUUAUGUAUCCGCCGUUAUCUUUUUCUUCUUCCUCUUUGUGGGUUUGUGUACUUCUUCUUAUCUUGAAGAUCAAGAGAGAGAUAGGAUCACCGAGUUGCCGGGUCAGCCAAAGAACAUUGGCUUCGCUCAGUACUCUGGGUAUGUGACAGUGAAUAAACAGGCUGGGAGGGCAUUGUUUUACUGGUUGGUUCAGUCACCAGCGAGUCGUGGAGCUGAGUCGAGACCACUCGUGCUGUGGCUCAAUGGAGGCCCCGGGUGUUCUUCUGUUGCCUAUGGAGCAGCUGAAGAGAUCGGACCUUUUCGAAUUAGGCCUGAUGGGAAGACCCUUUUCAUCAAUCCUUACGCUUGGAACAAUCUGGCAAAUUUGCUAUUCCUUGAAUCUCCAGCUGGAGUAGGUUUUUCAUAUUCCAAUACCACUUCAGAUUUGUAUACUGCAGGGGACCAGAGAACAGCUGAAGAUGCAUAUACAUUUCUCAUCAAUUGGUUUGAAAGGUUUCCUCAAUACAAGCACAGAGAUUUUUACAUUGCUGGAGAGAGUUAUGCAGGCCAUUAUGUUCCUCAAUUGUCUCAAAUUGUCUAUCGACGAAACAGGGGAAUUCAGAAUCCGGUUGUUAAUUUCAAGGGUUUCUUGGUGGGCAAUGCUGUUACUGAUGAUUAUCAUGAUUAUAUUGGCACGUUUGAGUACUGGUGGACCCAUGGUUUGAUUUCGGAUUCCACCUAUAAAAUCCUUAGAGUUGCCUGUGACCUUGGUUCUUCCAUGCAUCCAUCGAGUGAAUGUAUCAAGGCCCUGAAUCUUGCAGAAGCAGAGCAGGGAAAUAUUGAUCCAUAUAGCAUUUUCACACGUCCUUGUAAUGACACUUCAUCACUGAGGCGCAAGUUAAGGGGCCAUUAUCCAUGGAUGUCAAGAGCAUAUGAUCCCUGCACUGAGAGGUAUUCAGAAGUGUACUUCAAUCUGCCAGAAGUGCAGACAGCACUCCAUGCCAAUGUAACCCAAGUCUCCUAUCCAUGGAGAACAUGCAGCAAUAUUGUUGGAAUCUACUGGGCCGAUUCUCCAUUAUCCAUGCUUCCAAUUUAUCAAGAACUCAUAGCUGCCGGCCUAAGGAUAUGGGUAUUUAGCGGAGACACUGAUGCAGUGGUUCCCGUUACUGCAACUCGAUACUCCAUUGAUGCUCUGAAGCUUCCAACCAUUACCAACUGGUACGCAUGGUACGACAACCACAAGGUUGGUGGAUGGAGCCAAGUAUACAAAGGGCUGACAUUUGUAACAGUAACUGGAGCAGGACAUGAGGUUCCACUUCACCGCCCUAGACAAGCUUAUAUUCUAUUCAGAUCAUUCUUAGAGAACAAGCCCAUGCCAAGCUGAACCCCAUCUCCAGACUCCAGUACAUAAUGAUUCUUCAGCAAUAAUUACAAGUUGUUUGUAGGGUUUAGAAUAGAAAUAAUUAGAAAGAAAGGCAUUUCUCUCAAUGCCCUCAUCAUAUUCUUGCCUCUUUAUAGGCACAGGUUUAGUUUUUCAUUUUAGUGAAGAAAAAAUAUGUAGAAAUUUGUGAUUGACUUCUGUAUCUUGCAAUCAUAAAAAUUAUCUUAAUGCUUCCCUUUUCCAAAA